AUGGAGACUCAGGACUCAGUAACCUUUGAGGAUGUGGCUGUGAACUUCACUCUGGAGGAGUGGGCUUUAAUGGAUACUCCACAGAAGAAACUCUACAGAGAUGUGAUGUGGGAAACCUUCAGGAACCUGGCCUCCUUAGGAAAGAAUUGGAAAAACCAUGACAUUGAAGAUCUGUACAGAAACCAGAGGAGAAAACGAACAAGUCCUGUGGUAGAGAGAAUCUGUGAUGGGAAAGUGGGUUGUCAGUGUGAAGACAACUUCAUCCCUAUUUCAGAUCUCAAUCUGAAUGAGAAAUCGCUUGGAGUAAAGCCAUGUAAAUAUAGUGUGUGUGGGGAAUCCUCCAUACAACAUUCGUCUCAUAAUGGAAACGUCAGAUGUCACACUGAACAUAAGCCAUGUAACUAUCAGAAAUAUGGAGAGAAGCCAUAUAAACGUUAUCUCCAGUGUAUUAAAAAACAUGAAAGGAAUCACAAUGGAGAGAAACCUUUUGCACAUAAUAUAUGUGGUGAAGCCUUCAGUCCCAGCUAUGUUGAAGUAGAUGAAAAAACUCAUACUGGGGAAAAACUUUUUAAAUAUAAGGAAUGCAGGGUAGCAUUUAGUGAUCUCUCAAUCCUUCCAGCACACAUGACCAUUCACACUGGAGAUGAACUUUAUAAACGUAAGGAAAAUGAGAAAGCAUCCAUUUCUCCCCGUUUAUAUCAAAUACCUGGAAGGAGUCACACUGGAGAGAAAUCCUAUGAAUGUAAGCAAUGUGGUAAAGCUUACAGAGAUCACAGUUCCUUCAAAACACACGAAAGAAGUCACUCUGGAGAGAAACCCUAUGAAUGUAAGCAAUGUGGUAAAGCCUACAGAGAUCGCAGUUCCUUCAAAACACAUGAAAGAAGUCACUCUGGAGAGAAACCCUAUGAAUGUAAGCAAUGUGGUAAAGCCUACAGAGAUCGCAGUUCCUUCAAAACACAUGAAAGAAGUCACUCUGGAGAGAAACCCUAUGAAUGUAAGCAAUGUGGUAAAGCCUACAGAGAUCACAGUUCCUUCAAAACACAUGAAAGAAGUCACUCUGGAGAGAAACCCUAUGAAUGUAAAACAUGUAGGAAAGCAUUCGCUUGUCUCAGUUACCUUCGAAAACAUGAAAAGAUGCACACAGGAGAGAAACCCUAUGAAUGUAAGCAAUGUGGCAAAGCCUUCAAAUAUUGCAGUUCCUUACAGUCUCACAAAAUGAGUCACACAGGAGAGAAAUGCUAUGAAUGUAUGGGAUGUGGUAAAGCUUACAGUGGUCGCACUGCCUUAAAAACACACCAAAGAAUUCACACAGAAGAGAAACCCUAUAAAUGUAAGGACUGUGGAUCAGCCUUUAGAUAUUACAGUUCUUUGCAAAUACAUGAAAGAUCUCACACUGGAGAGAAACCCUAUGAAUGUAAAACAUGUGGAAAAGAGUUCAAUUAUCUUAAUAAUUUUCGAAGACAUGAAAGAGUUCACACAGGAGAGAAACUCUAUGAAUGUAAGCAAUGUGGUAAAUGUUACAGCGAUCACACUUCCUUCAAAACACACGAAAGAAGUCACAUGGGAGAAAAGCCCUAUGAAUGUAAAACAUGUAGUAAAGCAUUUGGUAGUCCCAAUUAUCUUCGAAAACAUAAAAGGAAUCACACUGAAGAGAAACCUUAUGAAUGUAGAUGA